UCAUCUACCCACCUUCCCAAUCAUUGCUCUCAACAUGCUCCACUAACCCCAAAUUUGAAAAUUCCUUCUUUUUUCUUCUUUCUGGGAAUUCUUUAGACAAAGUAAAGAUUUGUCCCUGCAGAAACUUCACCUUGCAAGAAAAAGGUCCAUGAUUGAGAAGAACUCAAGCUACCCAUGAGAGAAGCAAAUGACUGCAUCAUGCAGUGAGGUAAAAGCUUCACCACAAAAAGUCCUCGCUCAAGAGAUUAAAUCGGCGCGUGUCCUCGAUCUUCUGAUCCGUGACUACACGUUUAAAUCCAGCAGCCAGCAGAUCAAGACCGGAGUGAUACACACCGUGAACCUGCCAAAGAACCUCUCAGGCAUCCGAGUUGACACCGUGAAGUUCCGGUGCGGCAGCUUACGCCGGUAUGGCGCACAUGUGAAAGAAUUCCACUUGGGCAUCGGAGUGACGGUCCAACCAUGUGUGGAAAGAGUCAUGCUGAUCAGGCAAAUCUUGCAAAACAACUGGUCUUCCAUAUAUUACUCCAACUAUGACUUAUCUGGGUACCAGCUAGUUUCUCCAGUGUUAGGCCUCUUAGCUUACAAUGCCGGUAGCCACGGAAAUUCCAACACCGCUGAUGCGGCGUUCGAGCUUGGUAUCACAGCUGGAGAGAAACCCAUCACAGUGAACUUCACUGGCAUUGCCACGCCGGAUCACAGGCCCAGAGUCGUGCCGAUGUGUGCCAACUUCGAAUCCAAUGGGAAGCUGACAUUGGCCAAUCAGGUCGCGCCUUCCGUCUGUUUGGCCACAAGGCAUGGCCACUUCGGGCUGGUGACCGAGCUGCCGCCAGUGCAGAUGAGGAAGCAAGUGAGCAAAUGGAAGGUGGCGGUCGGGGGAUCGAUUGGGUCCAUGCUGGGGGUGUUCCUGCUCAGCCUGCUUCUCGUGGCAUUGUUUGUGAAGGCAAAGAAGAAAUCAAAGCGGGAAGAGAUGGAGAGGAGGGCUUAUGAGGAAGAGGCACUGCAAGUUUCAAUGGUUGGCCAUGUAAGAGCACCAACUGCUGCUGUCACCAGGACUGUGCCCAUCAUUGAGCAUGAGUAUGCUCCUUUUCCUUCUUGAUCAAAAGUUCGAAAUUUCAGACAUUGCCAGAUACCCAUAGCUAUUGCUUCUUUGUAAAAUUGAUCAGCUGACAACAAAAUAGGAAGGUGCUAAGAGAAUUUUUGGAAGCCGGAGCUCAAAUUUUCGCAGGCGGUCCCGUGUACUGUGUGAACAAAGAGAGGAAAAAAAAGCUCUGUUUCUUGAGCUGAAUGUAUUCAUCGACCUUUUGUCGUCUGAAAUUUGGGGAGGGAUAGUCUCUUACCCUUCCUGCUUCACGUCUCUGGGGAGCAAUUGAUUCUAGUCAUUGCUACUUUGUUUUUGUUAUUUAUCGUUUUUGUUGUCUAUCUGUUAGCAUGGCGAGAUUAAGCCCAGACUGUUUUUUCUUCUCCUGAUCUCCAGACACAUCAUAUGCUAUUAAUACAUACAUCAUGUUUCAGCAAA